UGAGACCAUACCUCCAGUGACCGUCGUCGCUCUAGUUACACUAACACAACACAUACUGUGCAGUGCAGUUCAGUGCAUUGUCUUCUACAACCCACCUCACCACAACGCAUUGACAUGGGAUUCCUCACAUGGUCAGUGCCAGUAAUGGCGUUGAUUUUGUUAUCAACGACUCUCCGGUCGACAGAAGCAGUUGACCAGCCAGCCGGUCUGCUCACAGGGCUGAGAGUGAUCUACAACUCAUACAGGCAUUGUGAAGACCAGGACGACACUAUGCUCUGUCUCAAGUGGAAAGCUCUGAAGCUAGUUGAUCGAGCCCUACAUUCCGAAGAUAUACCUCUGAUUGAAGGAGUAUCGUUGGUGAAGAGAUCGGGCGAGGAGCGUUCGCUGUCCGACAACACGGUGGAAUCAGAGCCUCUUCCAGUGGAGGCGCAGGCCAGAGAGAAGCGCAUCGACUCGCUGCUCUGGGAAAAAGCGGCCGCCUUCAUCCAGACACACUCGUUGCAGCUGCAUGUGCCACGUCUCAUCGCCACCUCCAGGCAGAUGCUUGAGGACACCUUCGAUGACUCCACUGACCAAGAAGGACGAGGCAAGAAGAAGAAGUACAUGGGCCCGCUGCUGCUGGGUUUGAUGAUGAAGGGAGGUCUUCUGGCGAUGGGCAUCAAGGGUCUAGCCCUGUUGGCGGGCAAGGCGCUGAUCGUGAGCAAACUGGCGCUGGUGUUGGCCGGCAUUGUGGCGCUGAAGAAGCUGUUCAGCGGGGGCGGCGGAGGCGGCGAGAAGACCACCUACGAGAUCGUGAAGCAGCCAAUCGUGUCGCACGCCCACCAGUACAGCACUAGCCACGAGUUCUCAGGCGGGCACAACGACUGGGCCGGCGGUCAUAGUGGUGUCGGGUCCGGCGGCUAUGCCCGCAGUCUCCAGCUGCCAGCUGGUGUGCCCUACCCGCAGCUAUUGGCCUACAGGGGACAGCUGCCAGUCGCCUCUUCAGAGGAGGACUCGCCACAGGAGGCUCCUAAUGCAUCGUGAUUUCUUCCUCAAUCAACACACUUGAAUCGCCAAAUCCCUUGAGGUAGACUCGCAACUGGAGUCUCUCAAUCGACACAUUUGAACCACCAAAUCCCUGGAGGUGGACUCGCGACAGGAGUCUUCCAAUGCAACGUGGUCCCUCUCUCAAUUGACACAUUUGAAUCGCCAAAGUCCUUGUAGCUCCUUGCGCCCUACAAAUAGCCCUUGCUCUUGACUCCAAAUCCAUACUUACGUAUGUGAGGGUCAUAGAACUCGUCGACUCAAGUUUGCAUCGCAUUAUAUCUAAUGUAUACUUAUGACUUGCAGUAUAGGCCUAUUUAUGAUUUAAUUCUUCAUAAUAGUACUUAUGAUUGAAUUUGACUCAGGUGCACUAGACAUCAAUCUUCUUUCGACAUCAGUAUAUGAGUUAUAUGUCUCCAUGGAUUGACUAUAUUGUAUCAUGAGCUCUCCAAUAGUAAAUGUAUUGUAUGAAAUUAGAAAUCAUAAUUGUUAAGUAUUUUUUAUUCAAUUCUUCUCAGGAAUAAUUCUCAGCCUGAGUCUUCUUGAAUCGUCUUCUGCCUUUUAUUUAUUUUUUAGUAAUUGAAACCUGAUUCAAGUAUAAAAUUAUUCAUAUUGUGUUCCGGUACUCUGCAGGUCUAUUCUACUAUUUUGGUUGAAAAUAUCCACAUUUUUGUUUUCUGUAGAGAUUAGAAUGCAAUUUCAGAUUGCCCAAUUUUGCGUUGCUUGGCUCUUUCCCCAUUAGCUAUACUGAUACAUAGCGUAAAAUUUGAAAUUAUUGCGCUAUUCGCGAUGUUUUAUAAGAUUCAAUUUUUAUAAUUCAUUAAUUAAUUUCAAUUAUCAUCCGAUUUAUUCUAUUAAAAUUAAUAUUGUUAAAGUGCAAUUUUCAAAUCAUCAUGCUACAUCACUUGAGACUAUUUAUUUGCUCAAUUAGGUUACGUUUUCUAAUACGAAUAUUUCUUUUUACAAUUUUGGUUUGUCAGUGAAUUUUAUAGGCAGGAUAGCUUGAUAUCAAAUCCUGAAAAUUUCAGAUGAAGGGUACCUUUUGUAACUUCAUCAGAAAUUAGCAGGAUAAUAACAUACAUCUGUAAUAUUAAUUACAAUAAUAAUUAAUUACAAUGUAAUAAUUAAUUACAUCUGUAUUAUUAUAGUCACAGGAUGAACAAACACUAAACUUCUUUUUAUAACUUUUAGCUGUUGUCACUGGUUAAAAAAUUGUGGAUGAACAAUUACAGACAAUUCUCAUAGAUAUUUCAAGUAAUUGUGGUUCUGAAAUACUCAGAUUCAAUAAGAAUAGAAUUCUCAGUCAGGAAGAUUUUGAGCUACCGGGCCAAACCAGAAGAGUUCCUGUUAUUUAUAAUUUUCGUGAUUCAAAUUGGACACUUCCAACCAAAGCUAAUUAUUUAUUUAUAUUGUAAUAUUUUAUUUAUAUUAUUAUUUAUUCCAAUUAAGUUAUUUAUUCAAGUUUCAUUGUUGUCUGUUCUUGUUUGAAUUUGUGUGUUCAUAAAAAUAUUGUUUCAUA